AUGACCCCCCAAGUUCAGGAUAUCAGGUUGCGGCGGGAAUCCCGUUUUCUCCAAAUCGGAGAGUAUAAGAUAUUCGUCGAGAUUGACGGUUCUGGUCCAUAUAUAUUGAUGACGCACGGACUCGGAUCAAACACCAACGCUUUCCAACCGCUUACCGACAUUUUCUCAAAGCAGUACACCGUAGUGCGAAUCGACUGGCCAGGACAUGGCCAUAGUAGUCUCCACAGAAAUGGUAUAAAAUUCUCUGUUCCCGAUCUUGUGUACAUCAUUCAGAUGGUGGUGCAGAAACUGCAUAUACCGAGCGUGGUGCUUGUAGGGCACAGUGCAGGUGGUGUUGCCAGCAUGAUCGCCGCGGCGGAGUAUCCUGAGAUGGUCCGAGGUCUGGCAGUCUUGGGAGCUGGCAGGACCAGGGCAAAUCAACCAGCAUCGAAGUCUUUCACUUUGAGCCUGGCGCGCCAGGCAAGAGACGUGGGAACGGCAACCACCGUGGACGACAUGGUGGCUUAUAAUAUACCUUCACGCGAUUCGCCCCUCGCCCGAGCAUUAUUGAGAACGGUUACGGCCAGUACCAGCGCGGAAGGCUACGCUCAAAUGUGCGAGGCACUAUGUGCUGACUCGCACAUCGAUCCCGAUUACUCGAAAAUCAUCUGUCCAACCUGCAUCAUUGGAGGCGCCGCAGACCCUAUAUCCCCUGUUUCGGUGACGGAUGAGUUGGUUGGCCUUAUCGCAACUAGUGGUAGGGCACCGAAAAGAUUUGUCCUGGAAACUGGGCAUAUGAUGAUCUUUGAGGAUAUCAACGAAACCGCGAACGCUAUACGGACCUUGCUGAACGAUGUCACAUUUUGA